CCUGUACAUUAGCUUAGUACUUGACAAUCAUCACAAGAGCCGAUCUGUCGUGGAAAAGCUGGUAUUAAAGCUGCGGGCAGAAACAGUGCCUUGCGUGUAGUAUUCACAAACUUCAUGUCGUUCUUGCCUCGGGCUCACUCUAGUACUGGUACCUCACCACGCCUCCUUCUUUGAAACAAGACGCUCAACCAAGCCGUUGGUCGAUUCUCUUACAGACCGCCUCCAGCUAGGUAGUUAUACUGCAGGUAUUGUACAAUACACAAUACAGCAACCAUGGACCACCCGCAGGACCAAGCGCACCGCCGCUCCCUAACCGACCCGGAGUCGUUCUGGGGCCACCAGGCCGAGCAAUUGCACUGGCACAAGAAGCCCUCGUCUGCCCUGGCCCGGACGACCAAGCGGCUCGCACGCAGCGGCGGCGGCGUGACACACGCGCACUGGGAGUGGUUCCCCGGCGGCGAGAUCUCGACGUGCUACAACUGCGUGGACCGGCACGUGCUGGCCGGGCGCGCCGACCUGCCCGCCAUCCUCUACGACAGCCCCGUCACGGGCGGCACCAGGCAGCGCCUCACGUACGGCCAGCUGCUCGACGAGAUCGAGGUGUUUGCGGCUGUGCUGAGGGAGGAAGGGGUUAAAAGGGGGGAUGUGGUGCUUGUUUACAUGCCCAUGGUCCCCGCUGCGCUGAUCGGCAUCCUCGCCAUCAACCGGCUCGGCGCCAUCCAUGCGGUCGUCUUCGGGGGGUUUGCUGCGGGUGCGCUGGCCCAGCGCAUCGAGGCGUCACGGCCCGUCGCCAUCCUGACGGCCUCGUGCGGCAUCGACGGGAACAAGCCGCCCAUCCCUUACCGCGAAUACAUCGACGAAGCCAUCCGCAUCUCUUCGUGGAAGCCGCCCAAGAUCAUCGUCUGGCAGCGCGAUGAGCUCCCCUGGCGCCCCAUCCGCAAGCUGCAAGGCGAGAGGAAGUGGCAGAACCUGGUCAAGAGCGCCCGCGCGCGCGGCAUGAGAGCCGAGUGUGUGCCCGUGAAGUCGACCGAUCCCGUUUACAUCAUAUAUACCAGCGGCACAACCGGUCUGCCCAAGGGUGUACUGAGAGAGGCGGGCGGCCAUGCCGUGGGCCUGCACCUGUCUAUCUCCUACCUGUUUGGCAUCCAUGGUCCAGGUGAUGUGAUGGGCUGCUUCAGCGAUAUUGGCUGGGUGGUCUCGCACAGCUACACGCUCUACGGACCUCUCCUCACCGGCGCCACCACGGUCCUGUACGAGGGCAAACCGGUCGGGACCCCUGACGCAUCCGCUUUCUGGCGCAUGGUGGAGGAGUACGAGAUCAACACCAUGUUCACCGCGCCGACCGCUCUCCGCGCCAUCCGCAAGGACGAUCCGGACAACUCGCACAUCGCCCGCAUCGGACAGCGCGGGGGGCUGAGGAGUCUCCGAGCGCUGUUCCUCGCCGGCGAGCGGUCGGAGCCGGCCAUCAUCACCAUGUAUCAGGACCUGCUCAGGCAAUACGGCGCCGAGAACUCGCUCGUGGUCGACAACUGGUGGUCGUCCGAGUCCGGCUCCCCCAUCUCCGGCAUCGCCCUGGUGCCGCACGCAGGCCAACGCCGAAAGACAGGCUUCCUAAAGCAGCAGCCGCCCCUGCCCAUCAAGCCCGGGAGUGCGGGCAAGCCGAUGCCCGGUUUUGAUGUCAGAGUUGUCGACGACGCAGGCCAGGAGCUGCCCCGCGGCAAGAUGGGCAACAUCGUGCUCGCGCUCCCCCUCGCGCCCACCGCCUUUCGCACGCUCUGGGAAGACGAGGAGCGCUUCUAUCGGGGCUACCUCAAGCGCUUCAACGGCAGAUGGCUCGACACCGGCGACGCCGGGAUGGUCGAUGCCGACGGGUACAUCCACAUCAUGGCGAGGACAGACGACAUCAUCAACGUAGCAGCCCACCGCCUGUCGACCGGCGCCCUCGAACAAGCCAUCACCUCCCACCCGCGCGUAACCGAGGCCUGCGUGGUCGGCAUCCCAGACCCGUUGAAGGGGCACCUGCCUUUUGCCUUUGUCGUCACCACCGCCUCUUCUUCUUCCUCUUCUCCUCGCUCAUCUCCCACCGCCGCCGGCCCAGAUCCACAUGAAGAACAGAAAGAGAAAGAAAACCAAAAAAAGCUCUUCGCCGAGAUCCAAACCCUCGUCCGCUCACAGGUCGGGCCCAUCGCCAGCCUGGGCGGCAUGAUCCAGGCGAGCCAGCAUCAGGGGAGCCAGGGCCAGGGGGGGAUGAUGAUCCCCAAGACCAGGUCGGGCAAGACGCUGCGGCGGGUGCUGAGGGAGCUGGUGGAGAACGCGGUGCGCGGGGAGUUUGACAAGGAGGUUAAUGUGCCGAGUACCGUGGAGGAUGCUAGCGUCGUGGAGGUUGCGAGGCGGAGGGUUAGGGCGUAUUUCACCGAGGGGGAGGAGAGGGAGAAGGAGAGGGAGAAGGAGAAGGAGAAGGCUAAGCUUUAGCAUCAGUGUUGAUUGACCCCUUGAUGUAAUUACUAGUAGUACUACUUCUCUCUCUGAUGUGGUGGAGAGGGGAUGGUUCUUUGUUUUCGAAGUUACUACUAGUAUAUGUCAGUUAGUAGGGCUGCUAGAGUAGAGCGGAUGUUCUGGGAUGGCGUGUACCAAAAUCACUUUUUAAAAAGGGGAUUUUACUUCAAAAAAGAAGAGAUGCCAUUAUGUUGUCGCGGACGUGGGUAUGCCUGAACCCAAGCAAGCAAGCAAUGGUACAUACUA